UUUGUGUUGUGUCCUCUGACGCAUGGUCUGACGACAGUUGUUUACAUGAUUAAAAUGAAAACGGGGAAACUUUCUGUAUGAUUUUGAUCAAACAGGUAUCUCCAAAAGUCACUCUAGAGCACAUUAGUAAUGCUGGUCGUCUGAAUUAGAUUAAGCCUUGAAAAUUGACAACGCGACAAUUGUUUGAAACUUUUACAGUUUGUUUGGUGACACAUCAGGUUUCUCCACCUUACCGUACCGUACAGCGCGUUCAGAGUUUCGCCGAGUUUCUCCAGUCAGUGAACGGGUCGCAAGUGGACAAUGUUGGUGUUGUAGACCGGUCUGGGAUCGCGACAGCUGUUUCUUUUGGAGUGAUUAUUUUUGUCGUGUAGCAAUGAAUCCCCUCAGUGGAUCUAGAGACAGUGUUUUUAGAGAUGAUGGCCAACCACCUGCCAGGGUUGAGGGAUGGAUUAAAGUUGUUGAGAGGGGAGUUAAGUUCUCUCACCGUGGCAACAGCAACCAUUACAGUUCACUCCGAUGGAGACUUCAGUACUGUGUGCUGGACUUUAAAUCCAGAAAACUGCAUCAUUUUAGCAAUGAACUGGAGGCGAGAUCGGUUCAAACAAGUGGAAGUCAUGUUUUGAAGAUGUCUCGAUUUAACACGGAGUACUACAGCAUGAAAUGGAACCAUAGUUAUUGCGCACCAAGGCAUGGAUUGGCAACACCCAAAGCUAAAAACAAGGCAGACUUAAGCUCAACAUUACCAAGGAAACUGCCCAAGUACACUGCUGCAUCUCUGACAUUGCGAGAUUAUUCAUCCGCAAUCCUAAGGUCCCACGUCAUCCCCUCGGCCCCUCAGGGUCGUCUCAGGAAUAUUAGCCCAGUUUCUUAUGGAACAACCAUAAGCUUGACAGGAAUUUACGAAGAGGGCCUGAAACGGAUCUUGUUCACUGACGGACUUAGCGGGUGGGUGAAACACGAUAAUUUAAAGACACCCACUCCAUCCCCCAAUUCGUCUGCUAUCCUCCCACCCCACCCCAAGACACCCACAACUCCAAUUUCUCUAGCCUCAUUGGUAAUUUCAAGCUCCAGAUGUGAGGCCAAUAAAUCCUCCUCCAUCUUACCCUUCGGCCAAGACGAAGAUGAAGACGGCAACAAGAGAUAA